AUGGAUAGCAUAUAUAAGACAGCAAAUAUUAAAGAUUUUUAUAAAUUAGAUAAAAUAUUGGGAGAGGGUAGUUAUGCAAUAGUAAGAAAAGCAAUACGAAAAAGUGAUAAUUUAGAAGUUGCUGUAAAAAUAAUUGACAAGUAAAUUAUUAGAUUAAUUUUUAUUAGAGCAUCUUUAGAAAGUGAUGAUCAUUUAGCUAUUUAAAGUGAAGUUGAAAUAAUGAGUUAGAUUGAUCAUCCAAAUAUUGUUAAAGUUUUGGAAGUAUUCGAUGAUAAAUAGAAACUUUACAUAGUACUUGAAUUAAUGACGGGUGGCGAGCUUUUUGAUCGAAUAGUUGAAAAGGAAUUAUAUAAUGAAAAAGAAGCAGCAGAUGUAAUUAGACCAGUUGUUGAUGCAAUAAGAUGUAAUUAAUAAUAAUAUAUUUUAGAUUGUCAUUCUAUGGGUGUUGUACAUAGAGAUCUAAAACCUGAAAAUAUUCUUUAUACAACUCCAGAUCCGGAUGCUACUGUAAAGAUAUCAGAUUUUGGAGUAGCAAAAGUAAUAUCUGAUGAAUUAAUGCUUACAGCUUGUGGUACUCCUGGUUAUGUUGCACCUGAAAUUCUAACAGGUUUGGGAUAUGAUAUGGCUGUUGAUUAUUGGAGCAUUGGAGUUAUCCUAUAUGUAUUGUAUUGAUAUUGGAUUUAUUAAAUUUUAACUAGGUUAUGUGGAUAUCCACCGUUUUAUGAAGAAUCAAAUGAAAAAUUAUUUGAGUAGAUCAAAUCUGGUAAGGUAGAUUUCUCAGGAGAAUAAUGGGAAAAAAUAUCUAAGGAAGCAAAAGAUUUAAUUGAAAAACUUUUAAAGGUUGACCCAAAAUAAAGAUAUAAAGCAGAUUAAAUUUGCAAACAUCCAUGGAUUACUGGUGAAAAAGCAUUGACUAAAGAUUUAUCUGAUGUAACUGAAAAAUUAAGAGAGUUAAAUGCACGUAGAAAAUUAAGAGUAAUUAUUUUAUAUUAUAAUUUAUUUAGCGUGCUUAAUUAAUGGUUUUGGCUACAACUAAACUACAAAGACGCAUUUAAUAACAUUAACAAAAAAGUUGAUUUAUUAUCUAUAUCUAUUAAAUUUAUC